CUUCCGCGUCCUCGACAACUACAAGCACACGCCACCACCUUGUGCAGCGACUGAGGCGGCGGCGGAUGAAGCGGGGCGCCAUGGACGUGCGCCAGGAGCAGCCGCCUCGGUACAAGAUCCAGGUCAAGAUGGUGAAAACGGUGGCACUUGAUGUGAAGUCCACUGAUACCGUUGAUCAGAUCAAGACUAAGAUCAGUGCCAUAGAGGGGAUUGGUAAGAGCCAGCAAGUGCUCUUUUUUUGUGGAAAUCACUUGGAGAACAACAACAGGCUUGCUGAUUACAACAUCAUGACAAACUCUUCUGUCGACCUCUAUGUAACCGAUGGGAUGCAAAUAUCUGUCAGUAUCCCCUCAGUUGGAAAGAUAAUCAAGCUCAAUUUGAAGAAAUCCCAGAGUGUUGCUGAUGUCAAGUCAGAGAUUGAACAGAAGGUGGGAAUUCCUCUGGAUGAACAAAUCCUGAUGUAUGGGUGCCAACAGCUUGAGGACAACAAGUUGCUGAGUCAGUGUGGUUUGAGCAACGGCCACACGCUGCAUGUUCUGGUCUGCCCAACUGACAAGCUGCGUAUAUCUAUCAAUGUUGAUGGUGAAAGAACUGUGAAUCUAGAUGUCAAAAGCUGGUAUACUGUUGCUGAUGUCAAGUUGAUGAUUGAGACCUUUGAGGGUUUACCUGCAUGCUCACAGAUACUCAUGCGAACUCAACCUGGCGGUGCUGAAACACUGAAAGACACUGAAACGCUGCAGAAUCAGCACAUCAGGAACAAUGACACCCUCAUGCUGCAUCAGAACAUCCAGUUCUUCGUCAAGACAUAUGAAGGGAAGACGUUAACGAUGUCUAUGAGGACGUGUGACACGACGGACAAAGUCAUGGAGAAGGUUGCAGCAAAGCUGAUGAUGAUGGCAGGUGUCUACUACCUGCACUACGGGGGGCAUGUUAUGUGUCCUGAGGAUACUCUUCAGAAGCACAAGGUCGCGAACAAUUCCACAGUUGAUAUCCGCCUUCGGAAUUCAAAUGUAGUAUCCUAGUAUGGCAAAACAAAAGGAUACCCUAGGGAGCUAGUUGCAACCUCCUUCAGGCAAGGUCAAGGAGCAAACUUAGUUGCGUAGCCUCACAGAGAACUGUAGGUUCACCAUUUUGAAGUUAACUGGAUGCUUGUGGUUUUUGGUUGGGUAAGGUCCUGUGUCUACUGUCUGGUGGCCUGGUGGGUAUGCGGUUAACUGAAUGUUUGUGAGACUUGGUUGGGUAAGGUCUUUUUUU